CCCCUCCUCUUCCUCAAAAAAUCAAAAUCCUACCCAUACGCGGUUCCAAAAUACGAUCUGAAAAAAUCGCGUUUUGGGAAGGUACGGAUAGAAGAAAACGAAGAAGAAGAUGGCGGGAGGUCUGACAUGCAAUUCCUGCAAUUCGGAAUUCUCUGACGAGUAUGAGCAAAAGCUUCAUUACAAGUCCGAAUGGCACCGCUACAAUCUCAAGCGCAAGGUUGCAGGAGUUCCAGGGGUCACAGAAGCAUUAUUUCUAGCUAGACAAUCUGCACUAGCUGCAGAACAAAGCAAGUUGAGUGAGGACCGCAUGCUAUAUGAGUGUGCUCUUUGUGGAAAAGAGUAUAGAAGUUCUAAGGCUCAUGCUCAACAUCUCAAAUCACGAUCUCAUAUUGUGCGGGCUUCUCAAGGGCCGGAAUCUCAAAGCAUAGGAAUUACAGUCAUUAAGCCACUGGGAAAUCGUGGGGCAAAUAAGCCAACUUCUACAAGAAAGCCUCUAAUCCCAAGAGAAUUGGAGAGCGAAGAGAGUGAAGAUAGUGGAGAUGAAUGGGUUGAGGUUGAUCCAGAUGAUGAAUUGGUUGGUGAGGCCAUUGAAUCCUUAAUGGAUCUUGAUGUGAGUGAACCGACAUCCAGUUCUGCAGUGGAGCCAGAUGAUGACGCUGAUGAUGAAGAGUUGGAUCCUUCAUGCUGCUUUAUCUGUGAUCUAAAGCAUAAAACCAUAGAAAGCUGCAUGGUUCACAUGCACAAACAGCAUGGGUUUUUCAUCCCAGAUGUCGAGUAUCUGAAGGAUCCUGAGGGCCUCCUUACAUAUGUUGGUCUUAAGGUCAAGAGAGAUUUCAUGUGUUUGUACUGCAAUGAUAGGUGCCAACCUUUUCUGAGCUUGGAAGCGGUGAGGAAGCAUAUGAUAGCAAAAGGUCACUGCAAAGUACGCUAUGGGGAUGGAGGUGAUGAUGAGGAAGCAGAGUUGGAAGAAUUUUAUGAUUACAGUAGCAGUUAUGUGGAUUCGGAUGGAAAACAGUUGGUAGUGUCAGAUGAAAUAAUCAAUGCUGUCGAACUGGGAACUGGUGGGUCCGAGCUUGUAAUAACAAGAAAAACGGAUAACGGGAUAUCUGUCAAGGCUCUUGGUUCUCGUGAAUUUCUGCGUUACUAUCGCCAGAAACCACGGCCAUCUCUUGAAAGAGAUAUUGCCCUUGCUAUUUCAUUGGCAUCAAGGUACCAGAGCAUGGGUUUAGCAACGGUGCAGUCGAAAGAACAGAUUGUGAGGAUGAAAGUUUUAAAGGAGAUGAAAAGAUCAGGAGUGGAGAUGAUGCGGUCGAAAAUCGGAAUGAAGAGUAAUGUGAUCAGAAACCUCCCCAAGAACGUCCCCUAUUGAUCACAUCACCAUGUAGAAGUUGAGUGACCCUUGCCUGAAAAGGUGCGCAUGAUGGUUCUGUAUGAAUGCCUGAGAUCAGAGCUGAAAAGAAACACUUUGCUAGUGUCAGCAUAUAAUACUGCAAUACCUAGGAAAAUGUUUUAUACGUUUGGCUUUAUUAAUGCAUGAAUUAGAUGGUAUAUUUGGAUUGU